ACUAAGUAUAUAUCAAACACCAAGUCAGCACAUUUGGGUAUUUCGUCCUUCUGCCGUUCUUUUCAAGCAUUUUAUCUGCUAUUCUUCUUCAAGACAUGGAGCCCGAAGAAAAGGUCUGUCCAAUCAAUGCAGGAGAAGACACAACAGCACGAGUGUUUCCUUGUUUAUUCUGUGCAAGAAAGUUUCACAGUUCUCAAGCCUUAGGAGGCCACCAAAAUGCUCACAAGAAGGAGAGAAAUGCAGCAAGGAAGGCAAAAGGAGCAUCUGAAAUAUUCCCACCACCAACAUUCCCAAUGAUGUUUGCUCCUAGUCAUCAUUUAGGGCUCUUGCACCCUUCACUGUACAUAACUGCUCAUGCAGCCACCCUCCCGUGUCCUCCUACUCACCAGUUUUCCGAUCGUUUUGGAUCCAAUAAUGCAGCCACGUUUGAUAAUGUGCUGUUUUAUGGGAGCAGGAGGCAUCGUCAAUAUGAUCAAGAAGAUGACCAAAGUUUCUUGAACUGGCAAAGGAGCAUGAGAUGCAAUGGAUUCAACGAAGGUGGGUCCAACCAACAUCUUUCAAGGGGGAACGGCAAUCCCAAAAUGGGGAUCAGGAGUGAUAAAGAUCAGAAACUUGAUUUGUCUCUUCAUUUAUGAAGAAAAAUAUGGUAAGAUAAUGACCUAGGCCGUAUGGGCUGGAUUAACUUUUGUAGCAACAAGCUUGAGAACUAAUUAACUUUUAGUUAUGGAAUAAAGGUAAUUGUAGAGUAGUUAAUUUUCAAUUUUCAUAAUCAU